AUGGAAUCCUAUGGAGGUGAACCGGAAAUUCCACAUUUUGAAUAUUUUUCAUAUGAUAAAAUUCAAGAUUUAUAUGAACAACGAAAAGGACAUUUUUACUUCAUCCCCGAAGGAUUUGAACCAGUAUUAGUUCCUAAUGACUCUCAAGCCGAGACAGUAGCCAACUUACUAGAAAAUUCUCGACCAGUCUCAACGGUUCCAAAUGUACCACGAAUGUUACCUGACACUGAUAUUUGCCUACCUUCCUUUGCUCUACCCUGUGGCGUCAAUGGUCAAAAGAAAGAUAAUUCCUCUAAGAACGGCAAAAACAAGAAACCACCAAGACCACCAAAUGCUUUUAUUUUAUAUCGCCGUUUAAAACAACCAUCAAUCGUUGCUUCUCAUCAAGGGAUCACUAAUAACGAAGUAUCAAAGGAAAUCGGCAAGAUGUGGCACGAAGAAUCGAUGGAAGAGCGUAAUAAAUUUCAGAAGAUGGCAGAAGCCGCCAAAGAAGAGCACAUGAGGAAAUACCCAGAAUAUCGAUACCGACCUCGCCGACCUCAAGAGAGAAAACGACGUGGUCAAGCUACUACGAAAAAACAAACCGCUCAGCAGAAACAACAACAAUCACAACAACUUCAAACAUCUUUAUUGUCUUCACAACACCCAAAUCCAGAGAUUGAAGAGAUCACCACACCACAGAAUGCAUCACCUUCUCUACAACAAAUGUCUUAUACCCACAGUCCUGAAACCUUUUGUGCCCAAAGUCCCGAACCUGAUGAAACAAUUACGCCACCGCAUUCAUCUCCGCAGCAAAUUCCUUAUACUCAAAGUCCCGAGAACACCUUACACAAUACAUUCAAUAUCAAUGAAGUUAAACCUUUUGUCAAUGAUUUUACAUUUAAUGUCGAUGAUAUGUAUUAUAAUUCGAUAUCACAGCAAUUUCCUGAUACUCCAAAUUAUGGCUUUGGAUAUGCUACGUAUAAUUAA